GGCUGACCUAAACUGAAUUUUUUCUAAACAUCAUGGGAGAGAUUAAAGUCUCUCCUGACUAUAACUGGUUCAGAAGCACAGUUCCUCUUAAAAAGAUAAUAGUAGAUGAUGACGACAGUAAAGUCUGGUCGCUGUAUGAUGCAGGACCUAGGAGCAUUCGGUGCCCACUCAUAUUUCUCCCUCCUGUAAGUGGAACUGCAGAUGUGUUUUUCCAGCAAAUUUUGGCGCUCACUGGGUGGGGCUACAGAGUUAUCGCUUUGCAGUAUCCAGUGUACUGGGACCACCUCGAGUUCUGUGAUGGAUUCAGAAAACUCUUAGACCACCUUCAGCUGGAUAAAGUUCACCUUUUUGGAGCUUCUCUGGGAGGCUUUCUGGCUCAGAAAUUUGCUGAAUACACACACAAAUCUCCCAGAGUUCAAUCUCUGAUCCUGUGUAAUUCCUUUAGUGACACUUCUAUCUUCAAUCAGACAUGGACAGCAAACAGCUUUUGGCUGAUGCCUGCUUUUAUGCUGAAAAAAAUUGUCCUUGGGAAUUUUGCAUCUGGUCCUCUAGAUCCUGAAAUGGCCGAUGGGAUUGAUUUCAUGGUGGACAGGCUGGAGAGUCUGGGCCAGAGCGAGCUUGCUUCAAGACUUACCCUCAACUGCCAGAACUCUUAUGUAGAACCUCAUAAAAUUCGAGACAUCCCUGUAACCAUUAUGGAUGUGUUUGACCAAAGUGCACUUUCAACUGAAGCAAAAGAAGAAAUGUAUAAGCUUUAUCCUAGUGCCAGAAGAGCUCAUCUCAAAACAGGAGGCAACUUCCCCUAUCUCUGCAGGAGUGCUGAGGUUAACCUAUAUAUUCAAAUCCAUUUACUGCAGUUCCACGGUACCCGUUAUGCAGCCAUCGAUCCCUCCAUGGUCAGUGCAGAAGAGCUGGAAGUCCAAAAGAUCAGUCUUCACACCAGCAAUGAGCAAGAAGAGCCGUAGAUUUCGGAGUGCCGGUGGAAAGGAGGAAUUGUUUGGUGGUCUUCCUGUGUACCAUCAACUGUUCCCACUCUGCCUUUUUCCUUGUGUUGGCCGAUUAUCACUGUGUGAUUCCAACAGGAUCAAUGUCAGUGAACUACCCGCGGACAGUAACCUCCAGCAGUGUAAUGGGAUAGAUCUGUUUAAUUUUUAGUCUUUGAAUUCAAGGAAGCAUCUUUGAAGACCACAGUUUUAAAAACAAAGACAUUUUUGCUACCAAAGUCUUCACUAUCAUGUUCUUAAGCAGAACAGUAUUUCUUUUUAUAUUUUUCACUCAGCUGUAUAUAUUGCCACAUGCAGAUUGUGUACUUAUAAGCUGACAUAUAUUUUUGUUGAAUAUUUGGUUUGAAAGAUGUUUAAGUGCCAAUGUUGCCAUCACUUAUUUGCUUCAUAUGUUGUGUUGUAAGUUAGUUUCUAUUUGAAAUAAAGCGUUUGAAUUUUUAACUUUCUUGCUGUUUAAAAAUGGUUUUCAAUAAAACUUCAAUUUCA